AUGGAUCUAUCGCAUCCACCUAAUCCAGGCAGACCAACUCCAGGUCUAUUGACAAUCGCUCCAGAAUUACGGCUGCGCAUCUGCAAAUACGUCUUCAGUGGCUCCAAGAUCUUCUUCUAUCCCACUGAUCGAGCUGAUCCAAAGCGAGCAGUUGUCAGAGGCCAGCACGACGCCUUCACUGUCUCUGAUCACUGGCAUUUGCUCCUGACCUGCAGAUUAUUGUACCUGGAAGCAAGGAUUGAGUACUGCAAGAGCACACAAUACACUAUCACAGAACAGAACACGUUGAUGUUUCUGAGCGAGUGUGUCAGUAAAUUUAGCAGGGAUAAUCUCGAAGUAAUUGAAGCAAUUCAGGGACCCGGCUUUGGCGUUUCCACGUCGCGCCCUCCGCUGUUCCCUAAACUCAAGAGGUACUAUUCACGGGUGUUCACCAAGAUUCCUGGAGCCAAAGAUCUUCCUACGCAAACCUCGUCUAUGAACGCCGAAGAGCUUGCAAACUAUCUCAUCUCUAUCUUGAAGCUUGAAAAAACUGCUGCAAAUGCAUCAGCCGUGAAAGAUGUACGAAUUGUGAUGAAAGUGAACAUCCACGACUGGGGUGGGGUAAUGGAUCCGUCUCCCAAGGUGUACUAUCCCAGAUAUGCCACCUGCUAUAUCGACUUAGAACGACGCAAAGCGAUUGUGAGCGAGUCUGAGGACAACGACGGCUUUGACAAGGUCCUGGCCCUCGAAUAA